AUGGCCACAACCGCCAAUCCCUCUUACCAAAGGCUGAAACACGAGAGCUGGUUCGAUCACGAACAAGAAGAUCAUCGUUAUUACAACGGUUUUCUAGAGAAGGUGGUCCGGAGAUCAAGAAGCUCCAGGCUCGGAAAAAAAUUUCGAAUCAGACGAAAACUGAGGGUUAAAAGCCCAAGCCUGAGGAGAUUCGUGAGAAGAAAAACUCGGGUGGUGAAGUUUGCAUGGAGAAAAGUUUACGAGAGACUGAAGGAAAGCAGGUCCCAUUUUGGUGAUCUUUUUGCUGGGAACUAUUUGUUCAUGCAGGUUGCAAUGUAA